GGUUCGCCCUUUCGUCUCCUUUGGGCCUCCGUAGUCAGAGCGCUGAGCAGCUGCACAUGUGACAGUUCAACUGGUGUUCUACACAUACACAGCGUUCCCCUCCUCUUCAUCACCAUGGCACUGUUCACCAUGGCCUUCACCCUGGUCCGGCACGGGGAAACGCAGUUCAACAAAGACGGCCUCUUACAAGGGCAGGCCAUCGACUCGUGUCUGUCUGAGACCGGCGUCCAGCAGGCGGAGGCGGCAGGCCGUUACCUGAGAGACGUCACCUUCACCAACGUCUUCGUCAGCAGCAUGCUGCGGGCCCGUCAGACGGCAGAGGUCAUCCUGAAACACAACAGCAGCGGCGCUGGUCUGGAGAUGGUCUGCGACGCUUUACUGAAGGAGAAGAGCUUCGGCGUGGCGGAGGGCCGGCCGGUGGAGGCGUACCGGGCGAUGGCGGCGGAGGCUGGUGAGACGACGGUGGACUUCGUGGCACCAGGGGGCGAGAGCGAGCAGCAGGUGACGGAGCGCUUCAGGGUGUUUCUAGAAUCCAUGCUGCGCCGCAUUGAUGCCGACCACUGGCUCAACCGCCCGGAACCGGUCCCCUCCACAUCAGAGCCUCUGGUCUCCCCCCCGGCGGAGGGCCGGGCGGACGAGGGGCUGGGGGCCCUGGGGGCCCCGGGGGUCCACGCCCUGCUGGUGGGUCACGGCGCCUACAUCCGCUCGGCCGUGCGCCACCUGCUGCAGGCACUGGGCUGCUUGCCGCCGCCCGGCGUCGACCACGCCCACAUGCUGUCGCUCAGCCCCAACACGGGCCUGUCCCGCUUCGUCCUCACGCUCGCCCGGGACCAGGGAGGGCUCGCCAUCAGGGGGGUCCGGGGGGUCUUCGUCCACAGAGCGGACCACCUUAAAUAAGCAUGGGGGUGGGGGAGGAGGGUAGUUGACUACGGAGCAAACCAUCUUUAAUGAUUUGGUUUAUUGAUGCUGUUGGCAUAUGAAGAGAAUUUCAACCAAUGUGACAUAAUGUGCAAAAGAAUGCCUUUAAUCCUUCCAGUGAUCACUCAAUAGCCUUCUGUUUUAUCUGAUCUGUAGAUGUUAAAAGAUAACCAAAUCAGUGAUGAUUUUAGAAACUUAUUUUACGUUUUCUGUUCAAAUGGUGUGUGUGUGUGUGUGUGUGUGUGUGUCUGUGUGUGUGUGUCAGUCACAGCCGGCCCGCGGCUCCAUGCUGGGACACCCUGGUUGUUGAAUCACAUAAAUGUGUUCUCUAAUGAGUUCCUCCAUCUAUAUCGGUGAGUCUGGGCUAUAUCGAGAACAGAAUGCCGCUGAACUGUUGACUCUGUAGCCAAUCAGUUACUUUCAUUGUUGUCAAUUAACCUUCGGGCUGGAGGCAGACCCAUGCUUCACUUCACCCACACCACCUUAGCGCCGAUAAGGAAGAUGAUUCGGAGCAACGUAUGACUGAUGAUGCUGCUCUAUAACUGAUGAAGAGGAUGGGAGGAAGGGCAAUGUGAGCACAAUACAGUAAACACAAAAAAACCACUGUGUCUUCAAUCUUUGGGCUUUUUCGCCUGUGAAACCUUUUUUGAUCUUAUGUCUCAAAAUCAUCAGUGACCUGUAUUUACUUCGAAUUAUGUUUCUUGGGGUUAACAAGAUGAGCUAUCAGGUGUUAACAAGAUGUGCUAUUAGUCUGCUAACAUGCUAACAGACUGGGUGCUAACACUAACAUGGGGUUACAAGUUGCAUAAGUGAAUGCCCGGGCACAAAGUCUUGUAGAGCGACUGACCUGUUGGUUGGUUCAAGGCCGAUAAAGAGAUCAAUGCAGUUCUUGUUUGAAAUACAUGUGGAUAUUUCAAAAUCAGGCAUAACGGCAUAAAUGUAUGGUAUCAUGCUCAGCGUUCCUUUCCCCAAAUUCCUUCUCAACCAUAGUUGAGAGAACCCCAACUACGAGCCUCGUAGAAAUACGAGAGAUGUCAGAGAACCCGACGUGUUAUGCGCCAUAACACCAACAGCAGAAUGUCUAUCCAAAUAACAAAGAAGUGUACAACAGUCAUAGCUCAUUGUCUCAUUGUCGGGCCAAAUUCUCUGGGUGGGCAAAGCAGAGAAGGGGAGGUAACUUGGCCCCUUAUGACGAUAUAUAGGGCCAAAAUCGAAAUGAAACGCCAUUUCUAGCUACCGGGGGACCAUAGGCAAGGGCAGUGGCGGAUCUUCCAUUAGGCAAACCUAGGCAAGUGCCUAGGG